AUGCUCGAAACUCAGUACUUUAAGCAACAAGAUGGCUCAAAAAUUGCUUAUAAAACUCUUGAACCACACAAUCCAGAAGACAUAAAAAACGAAAUUCCCCUUGUAUUAAUCAUAGGAUUGUGGUGCGUUAAAGAAGAGUUUAUUUGUCUGGAAGAAGUAAUUAUAUUUGAUAACCGUGGAAUGGGUGAAUCAAGUGUUGUUUCUUCUGAUGAUCCAAUAUCACUUGAUUUGAUGGCACAAGAUACAAUUGCAUUAGUUAAGCAUCUCGGAAUCAAAAAAUUUAAUCUACUAGGAUGGUCUAUGGGAGGUUUUAUCGUUUUUUAUGUUGCCUUAAAUGUUCCAUCGAAUCUUACGUUAGAAAAGCUGAUUAUUUGUUCAAGAACAAAAAGACCUAUUAUGAAUACACUUGAAAAAUGCUUUACUGAUUAUAUGCUUGAAAAUCCAGAAAUACUUGACAAGCUUGCAGAAAUUCAGUUUAAUUCUAAUCGUCCAUUUGAGAUUUUCAAUAUUGUCUCAAAAACACAAAUGAUCAAAACUCAAACUUUGCUACUUCAUGGUGAAGCCGAUGAAAUACUUCCUAUUGUAGAAGGUGAAUUUAUUGCUAAUGCAAUUCUCAACCUCAAAUUUAUUAGGAUUCCCAAUGCUGGGCAUUU